UACAACGCGUGCCCGUUUGGUUGAAGUGAGCGGAUGAAAGUCCUUUUUCUCGGCGAGGCAGAGGCAGCAGCUCCCAGUUGAUGGGCCACCCGAAGUUAAAGCCAGUGGCAUUAAAGUGAGACACAAACGUGAAAACCCAAACAGUUCAAGCAGUUCCCAGUGUUCAAAUGGAAAUCAAAAUCGGAGAUAUCUCAAGGAUAUAUCGGAAAGAAUAGAUAAAGCAAUAAAACAGUUGUGAAACUAAAAACAUAAAUGGAGUGUGAAUUUAACAAAAACACGAUACCAGUGAUGGCCCAAGCAAUUUAACCCACAAACGUACUCGAACCCCACAGUGAAAGAAACUCGGAGGAACUGUUACAACCGACUACAAGCAAAAAUGCAUUCGAGGCUAAAAUUCUUGGCAUAUUUACAUUUAAUAUGCUGCCUGGAAUUCAGCGCAGCCCAGCAGCAGCAGCAAGCGGCAUCGUUAACCGAGAAAAUACCAUUAGGUGCGAUCUUCGAGCAGGGCACAGAUGAUGUGCAAUCAGCCUUUAAAUAUGCAAUGCUCAAUCACAACCUGAAUGUGAGCUCGCGUCGCUUCGAGCUGCAGGCGUACGUCGACGUCAUCAAUACGGCGGAUGCAUUCAAAUUAUCUCGCCUGAUUUGCAAUCAAUUCUCGCGCGGAGUCUACUCAAUGCUGGGCGCCGUGUCGCCGGACUCCUUUGACACAUUGCACUCCUACUCGAAUACGUUCCAAAUGCCGUUUGUGACGCCCUGGUUCCCCGAGAAGGUGCUCACCCCGUCGUCGGGCCUCCUGGAUUUCGCUAUCAGCAUGCGUCCGGAUUAUCAUCAGGCGAUUAUUGAUACCAUCCAGUACUACGGCUGGCAGAGCAUUAUUUAUCUCUACGACUCGCACGAUGGCUUACUACGGCUGCAGCAAAUCUAUCAAGAACUGAAGCCCGGAAAUGAAACAUUCCGUGUGCAAAUGGUGAAACGCAUCGCCAACGUAACGAUGGCCAUUGAGUUUUUGCACACGCUGGAGGAUUUGGGCCGUUUCAGCAAAAAGCGCAUAGUGCUCGACUGCCCGGCGGAAAUGGCCAAAGAGAUCAUCAUCCAGCAUGUGCGGGACAUCAAGCUGGGCCGCCGCACCUAUCAUUACCUGCUCAGCGGCUUGGUCAUGGACAACCACUGGCCCACUGAUGUGGUAGAGUUCGGGGCCAUCAACAUCACCGGCUUUCGCAUUGUCGACUCCAACCGGAGGGCUGUGCGUGAUUUCCACGACAGCCGGAAGCGCUUGGAGCCCAACGGUCAAAGCCAGAACUCAGUGGGAGCCAACGGCUUGCCGGCUAUUUCGGCCCAGGCCGCCCUGAUGUACGAUGCGGUUUUCGUCCUCGUCGAAGCCUUCAAUCGCAUUUUGCGCAAGAAGCCGGAUCAGUUCCGUUCCAAUCAUCUGCAGCGCCGCAGUCACGGCGGUGGGUCGUCCUCCUCCGCCACCGGAACCAACGAAUCCAGUGCCCUGCUGGACUGCAACACGAGCAAGGGCUGGGUGACCCCCUGGGAGCAGGGCGAGAAAAUCUCCCGAGUGCUGCGCAAGGUUGAAAUCGAUGGGUUGUCGGGAGAGAUCCGCUUCGACGAGGACGGUCGCCGCAUCAACUACACCUUGCACGUGGUGGAGAUGUCCGUGAACAGCACCCUGCAGCAGGUGGCCGAAUGGCGCGACGAUGUGGGGCUCCUGCCGCUCAAUAGCCGCAGCUAUGCUGCAUCGUCCCGAUCCGUGUCGGCCAGCACCGGGGACUACGCCCGGAAUCACACAUACAUUGUAAGCAGUGUCCUCGAGAAGCCCUAUCUGAUGCACCGGCAGUCCUUCGGUGAGGAGUUGGUGGGCAACGAGCGCUUCGAGGGCUACUGCAAAGACCUCGCCGACAAGUUGGCUGCCCAAUUGGGAAUCAAAUAUGAGCUUCGUCUGGUGCAAGACGGCAACUACGGAGCCGAGAAUCAGUACGCUCCUGGGGGCUGGGAUGGCAUGGUGGGCGAACUGGUGCGCAAGGAGGCCGACCUGGCCAUCGGACCUCUGACCAUCACAGCCGAGCGAGAGAGGGUGAUUGAUUUCAGCAAGCCAUUCAUGACUUUGGGCAUCUCAAUUAUGAUCAAGAAGCCUGUGAAGCAGACUCCAGGAGUAUUUAGUUUCCUGAACCCACUGUCCCAGGAAAUUUGGAUGAGUGUUAUCCUCAGCUAUGUGGGCGUUAGUAUUGUCCUGUACUUUGUGACGCGCUUUCCGCCGUAUGAGUGGCGCAUCGUGCGACGACCGCAGCCCGAUGCCACAGCCCAGCAACCGCCAGGCAUCAUCGGGGGCGCCACCCUCAGCGAACCGCAGCCCCUGCAGCCUCCUGUUCCGCCUAAUGACUUCAGCCUGCUGAACUCCUUCUGGUACUCCCUGGCCGCCUUCAUGCAGCAAGGGUGCGAUUUGACACCUCCCUCCAUCGCCGGAAGAAUCGCAGCCGCCGUGUGGUGGUUCUUCACCAUCAUUCUUAUAUCCUCGUACACCGCCAACCUGGCUGCUUUUCUCACCGUGGAGCGAAUGGUGGCUCCCAUCAAGUCGCCGGAGGACUUGGCCAUGCAAACAGACGUGCAGUACGGAACCCUGCUGCACGGCUCCACCUGGGACUUUUUCAGGCGCUCACAAAUCGGGCUGCACAACAAGAUGUGGGAGUACAUGAAUGCCAAUCCCCAUCUGUCGGUUCACACCUACGACGAGGGUAUCCGACGCGUUCGAACAUCCAAGGGAAAGUAUGCCCUAUUGUUGGAGUCCCCGAAGAACGAGUACGUGAAUGCCAGGACUCCCUGCGACACCAUGAAAGUGGGUCGCAAUAUCGAUACCAAAGGAUUCGGCGUAGCCACGCCAAUCGGAUCGCCAUUGAGAAAGCGACUAAAUGAGGCCGUGCUGACACUGAAAGAAAACGGCGAGCUGCUGAGCAUUCGCAACAAAUGGUGGUACGACAAAUCCGAGUGUCCCCUCAACCUGGACAGUCAGGAGACAUCCACACCCAACGAGCUUUCUCUCAGCAAUGUGGCCGGGAUCUACUACAUCCUCAUCGGAGGCCUCCUCCUGGCCGUAGUGGUGGCCAUCGUGGAGUUCUUUUGCCGCAGCAAAGGCUCCCGCCUGAAGGCGCCGUCCAACGGAUCCGCCGGCGGCGUGCCCGGGAUGCUGGGCUCCUCAACAUAUCAGCGGGACUCCCUGUCCGAUGCCAUUAUGCACUCCCAGGCCAAGUUGGCGAUGCAGGCCAGCAGCGAGUACGACGAGCGGUUGGUGGGCGUUGAGCUGGCCUCCAAUGUGCGCUAUCAGUACAGCAUGUAAGGGCUUCCCAGAGCCGUAUCCUGUAAAUAAUUAAGGCGUAAUCCGAUAACGAAACGAGAUGAAAAAGUCAUAACUAAACGACGCUGGCAAUCAACUUAACUCGGGUCAGAAGGGCAGGACAAGGCAGAGGUCGGAGGCGGCGUUCAAAAACUGUACAGAAUAACCAUAAAUAAUUAUUAUUGUAUUUUUGAUAAAUGUAUACAAAGUGAGUGCAUAAAUUAACUAUAGCUACAACUACCACACUAACACUAAACUAAACUGUACAUAGGUUAAGUGAAAAUUAUCCCAGAAUAAUAAUAAAGCGUAUG